AUGUCUCAAAGUCUUUGGAGCAAAGUGUUUUCUUCAAGUGGAAUUUGCCUCGAUGGGUGCACUGCAGAGCAUCUCGUCUCUGUUCUACCGGACGCUUCACCGUCACAUUUCGAUGCAUCAGGUGGUUCUGUAACUGCAAACCAAGGCAGCAGGGAUGCGAGAGGGCUGCCGGAUCAAUUCUUUUAUAAUGCUGAAAAUACUGGCUCAAGGUUGAGGUGUUCCAGCCAGCUGGAGCUCAAUCCAUCCAGAGAAAGCAGGGCACAUUUAUCCAGAAUACCUCCUCCUGGCUCUUACAAUCACCACGAGUGGAGUGUAAAGAGCGGCCAUCAAGCCAAGCGUGCCAGAGUGGAAAACAUCAUCAAAGGCAUAACGUGCACAGAUGUGACAACAAAUCACUUCAGUCAUACUGACUAUAUCCCAAAAGAUGGAGGAAUUCAAGAACUUUUACACCAGAAAUGCAGGGAACGGCUUGAAUGUGAAAGCUCGAGUCAAAACCAGGCGACAAGAACAGAGCUUGAGAGUCAUCAUCAGAACGUGAAGACGGUGGUCAGUUACAUGGAGGGAGGAACUGAAGGCACUGACAGCAAGAAGGAAGAGAAACUUCCACAAUGGGUUGGCUCUCCCGAACCCUCUCCAAACGAAGCAUUUACUGGUUCCUGCCCCGAGUGGAAGACGGUGAAGCUGAUGAACUACUUCCAGUCUAAACCAGACCGUAUAAAGCUGAUGGCAGAUAUUUUGAAGUACGAACUGUCCAGAGCCGUGAGCAGGAGCGUUGACUCAAUUUUCAAAAGCGUGCCACUUUUACAGACAUCGUCAAGCGAUGCAGAAAACUCAGUAACUGGUACACCGUCUCAAUCUAUGGUGCAUAAAGACGGUAAGUUAAGAUUUCCUUGUUGUGGCACUACAAAACCCCCAGACGUCCAAACAGAAGCUCUGUCCCUGGUGAUCCCAAAGCCUGACGUGGAACGACUCAACAGCUUCGUCCUCGAGUCCAAUUCCACAACUUCCAGUGUCCUAAAGUCCUCAACCACCCUCUGCCAAGAGUCUGCUCUGCACGUCGAGCAAAGCUCAGAGCAUCAGCUCGCUCCGAGAUGCUGGCAGGAUGGAGGCUCUGAAGCAGGUCAGCUGAAGUUUGACGUGCACUGGAAUCCAUUUAAAGCCAAAUCAAAGGUCAACUCCAGAUCUGUGAGAAGCCCACAAACACACGCCGAGCCAAUGGAUCCAAAACUUUUGGAAAGCCCGACUCUGCCCCAUGUGAAGCUCGAAUCGGACAGCCUGGACAGAAACAGUCUGUACAUGCUGAACGAGUGUCUGACCACAAACCACCUGAAGAAAGCAAAGCUCAUGUUCUUCUACACUCGCUACCCAAGCUCCAUGGUGCUGAGGAUGUGUUUCCAUGACGUGCAGUUUACGCGCUGCAUCACCUCCCAGCUCAUCAAGUGGUUCAGCAACUUCAGGGAGUUCUACUACAUCCAGAUGGAGAAGUUCGCCCGAAACGCUCUCAUGGACAGCGUGAUGGACGCGAGCGAUCUGACUGUAGACAGAGAAUCAGAACUGUUCAGAGCUCUCAACGUGCACUACAACAAAGCCAACGACUUCCAGGUCCCUGAGAGAUUCCUGGAAGUGGCUGAGAUUACACUGAGAGAGUUUUACAUCGCAAUUUCUGUGGGCAAAGAUCAUGAUCCAUCCUGGAAGAAAGCGAUCUACAAGGUGAUCUGCAAACUAGACAGCGACGUGCCGGCUGAAUUUAAGAGACAUUAUUUUGGAUAA